GUGUUUAAAGAGACAAUUCAGCAAAUUACCAACCAGUGACCACACACAUAUAUAAAUCAAAACACCGAUUUAAGUUUGCAAAAACUUUUGGAGCCUGUUGAUUAGCUAUAGUGGGGUGAUUCAGUGGGGUGAUUUAGCUUCCUAGCAUAUUGUGGCGGCGGGGGCGUGUUCAAGUGUCCGUCCGGAGAGAGAGAAAGCGGUAAGGGUGCUGGCACCUGAGCUAGAUUAUGUUUAACACCUGUCUCUAAUUCCAGUGUGCAUGGGGAGAGCGGCAUAUAAACAGCCACGCCACCAGCAACCCAGAGAGAGAGAGACUGGCACAAGGAAGGCCAUGGUGCUACAGAAGCUGUUGUGUUUAAUCUAUUGUUUUGUGAAGCUGAAGUAUUUGAGUAACUAUAUGCCUGUGAAGCUGAUGUGUUUAAGUAGCUCCGUGCCUGUGAGUCUGAUGAGUUUGUGAAAUUGUAGUUGUUGAGCUAACUGAGUUGGCCAAUUAAAAACGCAUACCUGAAUCUGGAAACCUCGCUUCCCUGUGUUCUCCUUCCCUUCUGCCUGUGAGGCUGUGUCAUACUGGUGCCAAAACCCAGGAUUAAAACUGAAGUACGCACCAUGGAGUCCUCCCAGGUGGCCGAGAUCCUCCAGUCCCUUGCCAGCAUGCACCAAUCCAACCAGCAGUCACUGCUUGAGCUACGUCAAGACCAGGAACGGCGCUUCUUUGAGAUCUUACGGGCUCAAGCAGAGGACUGGCUCGCGAUCUGGAGCCUCCUCGGCCAGGAGAAAGAGAGAGCUGUGACCCCGGACCACCACAGUCAACUGCCUCCCCCCCCUUAAGAUGGGAGCCGAUGACGAUGCCGAGGCUUUCCUCGACUUAUUCGAGAGAACCGCGGAAAUCUGGGGCUGGCCGCGUGAUCAGUGGGCGGCCAGGCUCCUCCCCUUGCUGUCCGGGGAAGCUCAGCUUGUCGCCCAACAGUUGCCAGCGACUAAUCUCCUGGCCUAUGAUGACCUGAAAAAGUCCAACCUGCAGCGGGUGGGUCGUAGCCCGGAAGAGUAUCGCCAGCUGUUCCGGACCUUGAAGCUGGGGAAGACCGACCGCCCGUUUGCUUUUUCCCAACGGCUCCAAGAUGCGUGCCGGAAAUGGCUGCUGGCGGGGAAUCGUGAUGUCGCGGGAGUUGUCGACCAGGUGGUACUGGAGCAGCUGAUCCAUCGACUGUCAAGAGGAACAGCGGAGUGGGUCCAGUGCCACCGCCCGGCGUCGCUGGAGGAAGCCGUUGGUCUGGCGGAGAACCAUUUGGUGGUGUACCAGAGGGCGGAAGAGCCCUCCCACUCCCUCUCCCCCUCCCCUAUGUUUUCCCCGAUCUCUUCCCCCUCCCCUUCUCUCUCUCACUCUGCUCUCUCCCCAGAGCCCGUUCCUGCCCCGCGCAGGCAAGGAGUCCUGCCACCAAAGCCAGUUCCACGUGCGCGGGGUUUCCCGUCAUCUGCAACAGUGCCCCGCCGCUCUCCCCCUCAGGUGGAAGUGCCCUCCGAGUUGCGGGGAUCCUGGACACUUCCGGGAUCAGUGCCCUGUCAGGGAGCUGGGAACGGUGGUCCUGAUCCCCGACACUCCGCAGACUGCCCCCGAUCGGGCUGGAGCAUAUCAUAUACCGCUCCUAAUGUGACUGUCACAGUGACGUUAACUGGCAGUACUGUGGAGCAUCAGCUCAGAGGCCUGCAGAGAUCUUCUCUUUAUAUUGUGAAAAUCACAAGUCAAGUCAACCGGCUCCAGAGUCAUGCAGUCUCCACAACCUUCACAACAGGAAGUGGAGUGAAGCUUCAGGUAGUGACUCCUUAUGAGGUUUCCUUUCACUCAGCUGUGAUUUCAUGGAAGGCUCCGCACGUGGCUUUCAAAAGUUAUAGACUCACAUACCAUUUUAGAGAAGAAGUCAAGGAGGUGAUUUUAAGUCCAUAUGUGACUCAGUUUGAGCUGACUGGACUGGAAGUCUUCUCAAACAACAGUGUGAAAAUAGAUGGAGAAAGAGAUGGACAGUACAUCAGUUUUGUCUCUGCUGAGUUUCCCACUGCCUCGCUCCCGUACCCAUACCCCACAGACUGCUCAGAGGUGCAGAUGAAUGGAAUGAAAGACUCGGGAGAGGCUGAAAUCUACCCUGAAGGGAAGGAUGGAGAGCCAGUGUGGGUCUACUGUGACAUGGAGACAGAUGGAGGAGGCUGGACAGUAGGAAACAAAAGCGUGAACUGCUAAUUGUAAUACACUGAUGACACUUUUAUCCAAAACGAUUUAUAGUGCAUCUGAGGUAUGCGUGGUAACGCGCUCAACAAGCCACGUGAUAAAAUGUGCAGAUUGACUGUCUCAGACGCGGAGGCAAUUGAGAUUCGUCCUCCGCCACCCGGAUUGAGGCGAGUCACUACGCAACCACGAGGACUUAGAGCGCAUUGGGAAUUUGGCAUUCCAGAUUGGGGAGAAAAAUAAAAUAUAUGUGCUGUCUUUUAUUACCAUUUUCUGUUAAAUUGAACUUAUAUCUGAGUAAAAAUGAAAGCUGAUAUGUGCACUUCUUUCAAUGUUACAAUACAUUCUCCUAUCCCAGCAUAAUAUGCAGAAAUGACUAUAAGUAAGCCAAUCGUAGGCUAAUUCCCUUGAAGUGUAAACACUGUGGUUCUGUGACUAUCAAAAAUUUGUUUGAGCAUUCCAACCAGCCCAACAUAGCAACACUGGCUCAACCAAAAGGCUUUAAAUGGGGCAAUCCUAUCUGUUUGUCUACUACUGGAAUGUUCAGGAAACCUGUCUGAAAACAGUCAUUAUUUUUGCAAUUCCAUUUGGCGAUGCUAGUGGCACAGCCAUUAUAUACUUCAUCUUAAAUGUUUAAAGAUUAUGGUUUAAGGAUUUUAGCAAGAAUGUUGUUUGAAAAAUGUAGGUAUUCCAGAGAAGAAUGGAUGGAUCUACUGAUUUCUUUAGGAGCUGGAGAGACUACAGUAAAGGCUUUGGUCUGCUGAAUGGGGAAUUCUGGCUGGGAAUUACAUCCUUCACUCUCUAACCAGCCUUGCACCAAUGAGCCUGCGC